AUGAACUCAAAAAAUGCGGCUUUUUGUAGUAUCAUUGAUGAGUUAAUCGAUUCAUGCGUCAUGGAAGAUGUCUUACACCUUCAUCGAGCAAUCAAGUUAGGCUACUCACACUUGAUCCUCACUGAUGCAGAAGAUGCUGAUGGUGGAGAAAGUGACUCCGCUCUUCUCCAUCCUUCCUCUAGAUCUGAUUCAGUAAACAGAUUUUCAGCUUGUUGUCGCUGCGUAAAGUGUCAUUGCAAGGUGGCAGCAACUCGCUAUGCUUCCCAUCUAUCCAAUUGUAUGGGUCUAGGUCGGAACAGCUCUCGAAGGGCAAAUAAGCGCAUUGCUGAGCAGCAGCGUUUCGAGGACUCGGAUGAUGUUGACGAUGUGUAUUAUCUGGAUCACAGUCCAAUGUCAUCGUCCGGACACAAACACGAGUACUCCUCGCUUUGUAAUUACACCAAGAAUCAAAGUUCAGGGUUUCCUUCUCGGACCUCAAAAAGUAAUAUGAAAAUUACUGGGUUAUCCACUAAAUCCUCCAAUGGCAGGAAUACGAACAGCUCUCUUGCACCUGAACCCGUUUUCGAAAAGACUGAUUCCUUUGACAGCAUUUCAUUUUCCUGUGAUGAUGAUGAGAGCAACUCUUCGGAGGUCACUAGACGCUCUGGUGUUUCACGGAUCAGGCGGCAUCAGAAGCUGCAUGUCUAG